AUGGUGACAGGUGUGCGCCAUAAUGAGCAGCCUGGUAACCUUGAGGCCAUCCUGCUACCCUGUCCUGGAUCCCCCACUCUACUGCUUCCUUGGAUUCCUCUCCGGACCUGCUCACCCAGCCCCAACUCCCCUCGCUCCAGCCUCAGCACCUGGCUCCCUGGGAUAGCCAGGAGAGCUAGUUCCCAGCUGCAUGCUGCAGAGACUCUGUUCACUCGGUACCGGGUCAGCUACCCAGAUGGACCGGUCCCUAAAGAAGAGGCCCUGCAGAAGCUGAAGGCCCUCCGCUGGGCUGUCUCUGAGGUGCAGCACCAUGAUGGGAUCACGGGGACAGAGUCUCCCAACGUGUCUGACAUGUACAUAGAGCACCUGACCCAGGCUAUGAUGGGAGUAGAGGAACUUCUGGCUGCCCUCUUCCUCCUGCCCCAGGCCCUGGGCCCCGCUAGCAACUCUGAAGCCUUCAAUAGACAAGACUCUCAUAGCAAGGGCUCCCAUCAGGACCUGGAGCAGCACAUCAUUGUGUACAACCCCCUGGCAUGGAACACCACCGCCAUCAUCAAUGUCACGGUAACCUUCCCCAUGGCAACCGUGUUCGACGACCAAGGACAGGCCAUACCUGCACAGACUCAGAGUUCAGCUGACUCCAACACGACCUAUGACCUCUUCAUUGUGGUGGACCUUGGGGGUCUCCAACACAGGAAGUACCUCAUCAAGUUCUCAGAGAAGCCGGGUAAAGAGGGAUCCUUGACCCACCAUGCCUGGGUUGUGUCGUUCAAGAGACUAAAUGUUUCACAGGAGUUGAAGACAGGAAGGAGACUCUUACCGGUUCUGAAUGAGUGUUAUAAGAUCAUGCUGGACCAGGAUACUAAUCUACUGCAUAGCAUCACCGACAGGCAUGAGAAGAGGACGGUGAGAAUGACUCAGGAUUUCUGGGAGUAUCAGGUCAAUGGGAACGUCAGCGCAGGGCCCAUCUCUGACAACUACAUCUUCAGUGCUAACGACUCGGCAGUGAGGGCGUACAAGGCCGUCAAGAUGGAGAUUGUCCCUGGGAAGAUCAUCACUGAGAUCAGACAGUACUUCUACAGGGAGGAAGCAGAUGAGGACUACACCUACUCUGUCACCACCAGAGUACCACAGAGUUUCCCUAGCGGCAGGCUGUGUUACAGGCUGGAGCAGAGCUACUCGCUGGGCCCCCUGCUGGUCAACACCGAGGCUGUCCUCAGGACCAAGACCAGCCUGAAGAACAACAGGACUCUGUUCACUGACGACAACGGGUACCAGAUGAUGAAGAGGCCUUCCAGGACGUUCCUCAAUGAUACUGUUGCCAGAAACUACUACCCCAUGGUUCGAAUGGCCUACAUUGAAGAUGACUCUAGCAGACUGGUCCUCCUCAGUGAGAGAGCUCACGGGGCAUCCAGCCAGAGUGAGGGAGAGCUGGAGGUGAUGCUCCACCGACGCCUGUGGAACAACCAGGAGUGGACUCUGGGUUAUAACCUGACCCUGAACGACAGCUCUUUGGUGAGGCCUGUCCUGUGGAUGACACUGGGCUCCCUGGCUGCUACCUCCUCUCUCUACCAGAGGGAGGCGCUAGAGCUGCAGCACAGACCUGUGGUCAUGCCCAUCGACAGGCCACAGAAAGCCUGGAAGAAGGAGCCUCGGACCGGAUCUCCGAUUCGCCCCGUGGUCCUGCCUGACAACCUCCACCUGCUGACGCUUAGUGUCCCGGGCUGGUUCUACAGCUCCAACCACACCCUGCACCUCCGCAACAUGGAGACCGGUACCCCUGGGUCCACACAGCCGGACUACGAUCGUGUCCUACUGAGGAUCAUGCAUCUGUAUGAGAGGGGGGAAGACCCGGUUCUGUCUCUGCCGUCUACCAUUAACAUGAAGGAAGUGCUGCGGGGCAUGGGGGAAGUGAGAGCGUUGGAGGAGCGCUCUCUCACAGGAACCUGGGAUAUCGCCGACCUCCAGAGGUGGAAGUGGAAGGCUUCAGAAGACCCAGGGAGGGCUGAGAGUGUUGGGGUCAAGAGGUCAAGUGUUGGUGUGAGAGGAGAGUUCAACGUGACCAUAUCACCCAAAGAAAUCAGGACCUUCUUUGUUUACUUCAAGCUCAAGUAGAAAGUUCGUUCCCCUUCAGUCUUCUGUGAAGAUGGAUAACUAAUCUGAAGAGAGGCCUUCUGACAUGUAGAACAUGGGAUUAAACAUUCUGUCAUGUACAUUCUCUAAUGUAACACGUGACAUUGUAUGACCAGGAUGUGGAUUAUUUUGACGUGCCGGUCUAC